GCCCAACAAGGCUCUAACGUACAAUAGAAUGACCUCAUCAGGGCUGAUUGGUCGAGGUUGAUUUCUGGGUUGGGCACGACAGGAAACAAGGCACCGGGAACGCGCUGGACAUAGAUGCGCGCUCCCACUGUGGUUUUUGGGAUCCGAUGUACGUCAAGUCAGACUCUACCACACCGGAAUGAGACUGGCUCAGUUUGAGACUCAAAGACAAAAUUAAAGCUGAAGCUGAUGGGAAUGGUGUUGGCAACAAACAAGUGACGCGAGUAAUGCUGUUGUUUUGCUCAUGUGGAGCAUUGGUUGUUUUCUUCUGAUUAGUUGGAGGUCAGUCACUAGAUAAAAGAAAGAACCGUGAAGCAAAAACGGAACCAAGGGACCGCUGUGCUCUUAUUGUGAAAGUCUCAGUCGGAUAUGUACCGUCCUUCCUGCCUUCAACUUCACCCAGUCUGAGGAGUGGAGAUUCAGUGUGGCAGCAGGGGAAAUCUGGGAUAUCUGGGAAAGGGAGUCGGCGAAAACCGGGACUGAGCCGGCACGAAUCCCGACGAAGCCUUGACCGUUACAGCGGGAGUCCCAGCGGUCGCCUCUCCAGCGUCUCCCGCGCCCGGCUGCGGUUUUUCCUCCCAGAACGCUCCCUGGAUCCGGCAAUGGAUCAGCUGUCAGAUGAGGAGGUGGAGGUGAGGGAGGGGGAGGAGGAGGAGGAGGAGGACAGUGAUAAGGAGGACCAGGACCUGGAUAAGAUGUUUGGAGCCUGGCUGGGAGAGCUGGACAAGCUCACACAGAGUCUGGACGAUGGUCGUCCGGAGCAUCCCCCUGAGCAGAAGGCUCCCCUCAGACAGGAGACCAACAUGGCCAACUUCUCCUACAGGUUCUCCAUCUACAACAUCAACGAGGCCCUGAAUCAGGGGGAGAACGUGGACCUGGACGCUCUCAUGGCCGACCUCAGCUCCAUCGAGCAGGAGCUCAGCACCGUCAACAGCAAACCCGGCGGCGGCAUGGCUCGGCUGGGCCUGACCGACACCAAGGUGCGUCAGAAGCCUCCCGCCGGGCGCAGUAGCAGGCAGCAGCCAGCAGGGAGCAGCAACAGCGUGAGCGGCGGUGGAGGCAGCAGUGGAGCGAGCAGCAGCAGCAGCAGCGCCAGAGCUUCGCCAGCAGGAAGCAUCCGAGCCCCCACCGGGCAUCAUGGGAGACCAGCACUGGCCUCCAACUUCAGUCUGGAUGACAUCACAGCCCAGCUGGAGAAGGCGUCUCUCAGCAUGGAUGAAACCGCCCGUCAGACCUCCUCCCACUCCCUCAGCUCUGCCUCCACCUGCAGCUCAGCCUCCGUGCGACGGCCCGGACCCUCUCAGCGCCACCACCGCCGCACGGGUUCUGUUGGCACAGUCAGCGAACAGGAGGCCCGUUCAGUCGUCCACUCCUCGCGCUUCUCCGUCAGCUCCGCGUCCGGGGUGUCGGUCAACUCGGCGUCCUCCAUGGACUCCCUGGACAGCGUCCUCCGCUCCAGUGAGUCGGACAGUCUGCCGAGUUCAGCUGCGCCCUCGGCGGACGGAGCCAGGCCCGGUCCACACAACAGCGAGCACUCCUAUCUGGACAGGGAAACCUCUCUGAUUCUGAGAAACAUAGCAGGGAAGCCUACUCACCUGCUGACCAAGGAGGAGCAGGCUGCCAAGGUGAAGGCGGAGGGCAUCCGCGUGGCCCUGGAGAAAAUCAAGGAGGCGCAGGUGAAGAAGUUGGUGAUUCGUGUUCAUUUGUCAGACGAGAGCUCGAAGACCAUGAUGGUGGACGAGAGGCAGACUGUCAGACAGGUUCUGGACAGUUUGCUGGAGAAAUCUCACUGUGGUUACAGCCCAGACUGGUCCCUGGUGGAAACCAUCAGUGAGCUGCAAAUGGAGCGGAUCUUUGAGGAUCAUGAAAACCUGGUGGAGAACCUGCUGAACUGGACCAGAGACAGCCAGAACCGGCUGAUGUUCACCGAACGGGUCGAGAAAUACGCUGUGUUCAAAAACCCCCAGAACUACCUGCUGGGCCGGAAGGAACCAUGUGAGAUGGCUGAGAGGAACAAGGAGGCUCUGUUGGAGGAGUGCUUCGGCAGCAGCUCCGUGUCGGUCCCUGAGAUGGAGGGAGUGUUAUGGCUGAAGGAGGACGGGAAGAAGUCGUGGAAGAAACGCUACUUCCUGCUGAGGGCGUCCGGCAUCUACUACGUCCCCAAAGGCAAAGCCAAGGCUUCCAGGGACCUGGUGUGUUUUCUCCAGUUGGAUCACGUCAACGUCUACCACGGCCAGGACUACAAGAGCAAGUACAAGGCUCCCACGGACUUCUGCAUGGUGCUGAAGCAUCCUCAGAUCCAGAAGAAGUCCCAGUACAUCAAGUACCUGUGCUGCGAUGACAUCAGAAGCCUGCAACAGUGGAUCAACAGCAUUCGCAUUGCAAAGUACGGGAAGCAGCUCUACAUCAAUUUCCAGGAAGCAAUGAGGAGGACAGAGGCAGCCUACGAUUGGUCGUCUCUCUCUUCUUCUUCAAUCAAAUCAGGAUCCAGCUCCUCCAGCCUUCCAGAGUCCCAGUCCAACCACUCCAGUCAGUCGGACAGCGGGGUGUCGGAGAUGACGUCGUCCAGCCACACCCGCUCCCAGAGCGUCGUCAGCUCCAUCUUCUCCGACGCCUGGAGGAGAGGAACACAGGGAGAGAUGAUGAGGAUGGACCCCAUCAGUCGGCCCAUCCCUGUCCAGAUACCCAGCCUCUCGCCUCAGCCCGUGCCUCUGUCUCAGACGCCGCCUCGGACCAGUCACAGCGACGGCCUCGCGCCGUCUGACGAGUCCUCGCCGUCGCCGCCGUCUCCGCCCCCCCCUCCGCCCCCGCCGCCUGUGGAGAGCGUGGCCCAUCAGCCCACACCUCCCUCGUCCUACGUCAAAUACAGCACGCUGGCACGCCUGCAGAGCCAGAACCAGUGCCGGACACAGGCAGCAGGAGCUGCUCCGCCCGGUGUCUACUACAACACCCUCCCGGCCGUUUACAGCACGUCCCCUCCUCCGCCACCGUCGCCGCCUCCUCCCCCACCUCCGGCGGUGCCGGCUCCGGGCUCGGCCAUGGCUGCGUUGAAAUUUGGUCCUCCGAGCCCCACUUCUCUCCCGCCGCCACCUCCAGUGGAGGAGGGGGCGCAGCAGCUCUUCUAUCUCCCGCCUCCUCCGCCAGAGGAGUCCAAUGGGCUGCCGCCGCCGCCGCCCCCGGAUCCCGUCACCGAGCCCUGUCCUCAGCUCUCCAACACGGGGCUCCAGCAGUUCCUGGCGCAGAAGUUUCCCAACAUGGUGUACGACUUCAACCCAUCAGCGUCUGAUGAUAAAUCCCCCCCGCCUCCCCCUCAAGCAGACCUUUCGCCCCCCUCCUCCCUGCACGCCCUCCGGCCUCUGUCCCCAAACGCUCCCCCUCCCGCGCCUCCUAAAACCUUUACUGGUGGUUUUCCACCUCAGACUGCUCGCAAACCCUCAGGUCCCUCCUCCCUGCCCAUUGCCCUGUCCCCGGUGUCUCCAACACCGCCACACAGUGGCCCCGGCCCAGUUAAAAAGCAGCAGAGUUUGUCUACAGGACAUUCCCCAAAUCAGCCCCCUCCUACUCUUCCAAAGCAGCACAGCCUGUCCUCCAAAAACCUUGCCCUCUCCCCGUCCUCGUCCUCCUCUUCUGUCUCCAUUGCGGCUGCUACCUCCUCGUUGGUCAAGCAGAUUGUCAAUCAGUUCCCUGGAAACGCUGCCCCCUCCUCUCUGCCGGCCACCGGCUCCAUGGAAGCGUCCAAGCUCAGUGCGCCCCAGUCUCCUCCAGCGGUCAAGGCCAAACCAAAGUGGCAGCCAGGCGGCGCCGUGGCUCCACAGUCUCCAGAGUUCCCUCCUCCUCCUGAUGAGUUCCCUCCUCCUCCAUCUUCAUCCUCCUCCAAGUCAGGCUCCCCCAUAAAGAAGUCACCCUCCACUUCCUCUACAGGCUCCACCAAACGGGGACCUCCCCCAACCCCCCAGAGGGCCUCCUCCAUCCGGUCCGGUUCAGGCGAGGCCCAGGAGGAGAGGCCGAAGAAAGUGGAGAGCCUGGUGAAUAAAUUUGGCCAAGCCCCUCAGACGGCCACCUCAUCCAGCUCCUCGUCGGCGACCGGGUCUCCUUCUAAAGAUUCCUCUGCACUUCCGGCUCCGCUUCCCAAGCCGGGGAAGCUGAACCUGGCGAACCUUCCGUUGGCACUUCAGGGGCUGCAGACAGGUCAGCAUUAUCAGCCUGACUUCCCGUCUCCUCCUCCCCCACCUCCUCCAUCUCAGCCUCCUCAUCUCGACUCCUCCCCGGACUACUUCCCGCCGCCCCCCAGUGACUUUGAGCUUUUCCCUCCGCCUCCUCACCCGUCAGAGUUCCAUCACCCGCCAAAGGUCGCUGUGGUGAACCCUCAGCCUCAGCUGCAGCAACAUCAGCAGCCGGCAACAGCCUCUCUGUCAUCGUCAUCAGUGUCCUCAUCGUCGUGGAAACAAGGCUCUCUGAAAAAGGGGGCGGUCCCUCCUCCGUCGCUGAACCGAAGGACCAGCAACACAACCCAGUACGACAAUACGGCGACGAUGCCCCUGUCGCCGCCCCCGAUGUCUCAGACACCGCCUCCUUCCCUGACGUCGUACUCCUCCUCUUCCUCGUCUCCAAUCCCCCCGACCUCCCCAAAGUCGGCGGGGCCGGUGUCCUUGGCUCUGAAGCCUCACUUCCUGGAAGACCUCAACCGCACCCUCAAGAGGAAGUCGGUGUCCCGUCACGGCUCGCUCACUUCUUCCCACCUGAUCCCCUCCUCUAAGAUGGAGCCCAUGGGCACCAUGGACGACAUGGCGCUGCUCCCGCCGCCGCCCCCGGAGCUCCUGCAGCAGCAGCAGCACGGCGGCGUCCGAGGACACUCCCAGACUCUGUCUCGCCACCACGCACACUCCCACUCCACCAAACAUGCCAACAUCUCAGGCUAUGCAACGCUGCGGAGAGGCCCCCCCCCCGCUCCUCCCAAACGGGACCAAAGCACCAAACUGACCAGUGACUGGUAGGGAGCAGGGACACUGGGCGGAGCCUAGGAACUGUACUGACUGUUUAGCUCUCACCCUUCAUGCAGAGGAGAAAUAACCGUGUCUGUCUGCUCAUUCUGAACCUCCAACCUUUGGAUUCCUAGCAAGUACCAAGCCGUGUUUCCUACUCGGACUGAGAUGAUGAUUGUUCCUAUUAUGCUACUUCUUACUAUCCUUACUGUACCGAUACAUGCUUAAUCCAACGACAUGAGUAUAAAUAUAUAUAUGUAUAUAUAUCUGCAAGCCAGAAAAAUCACCUAUCAAGCUUUUUUCACCACGUGUGUGCAGCUUUGCGUUGGAAUAUAUGAAAGACGAGACUUGAACGGCAACAGAGACACUUUGCUGCAAAAUAACUGGUACUGCACGGAGCCGUGGGGACGGAAGCGGAGUUCCUGACGGAGACGAGGAGGGACCGAAGGAAGGAUGUGUAUAGAAAUACAGCGAGCGAGAGCGUUGCCAUUAUUUCAAAUGUUUUGUGUUUUUAUAUAAGAUUAUUUAAUACUGGAAAAAUAUUAUUAUAAUUAUUUUAAGUUUUUAAGUGUCAAAAGAGAAUGAGUUUGACUGAACUUGGGUCUGUGUUUCCAAACUAGCAUCAGUUUAGGUUUUCUUCAUUUCGAGCCUUGUGGCCGACUGCUUGGUGACGUCUGUGGGGUCCAGCUAGUUUAUGCUUCUAGUGAGAGAAACAGCACCUUUGGACUUUCAGUCAGAUCUUCACACCUUAACUUGAGCUCAUGUGACCAGAUCAGAAGGACUGUGACCCACACAUGACCUCAACAAGGUUUUUACUUCUAUCUAAAUGUCUAGCUUCAACCCAAUAGCACUUCCGGGAAUUUCCUGGACCAUCUACAAAGAGCAGAACCCCCUGUAGUCUGAGCGCAGCCAGAGCACAAACAAAUCAAGACAUAUUUGAGCUCUAGGUCAACAAGCAGCUUGUCAGUUCCACGUCUGAAACACAAUGUUUGUUCAGUAGCAGUAGUCAGUUAAUGUGUUCACUUAGUGAAACAGGAUGCCCUGGGAACAAGUGCCUGAAACCCCAAAGCUUGAACUGCUCAUGUGUAGUGACACGAUGCAGAUGUGCAGCUUCAACAAUGAGCAUGAAGCUUGUGUCACUUAAUAAAAGCCACGUGCUGUUUCCAGAACAUCCUUAUUUGGAGCCAAACUAAGAAAUCGAUUGAUUUGAAAAGUUGAAUCCUUUAAGCAUGAACAAUGCGGUUUGCCUCAAUCUGUGUUGUUAGUGACAUUAGAACAUCUGUUAGUGAGUUAGUCAGAAUAGUCAGGUUUAGGAGCAUCGUGACCUUACACCCUCAGUUCUGGAAACAGUUCUGCUGUUUUGAUUCAAACACUGUGUCCAGAGCAGCCGUUUAACCCUUUCUGUGCAGUGGAGCCUCAGUUCCUUGUUUUUAGGUUUACAUGAUCUGCAUGACCGCUUCAGUGCAACAGCACAGAUGCCAACAGUGUGAUAUUACUGCCCAAGUGUUGAUUUUAAUGUGCAAUAAUUAGUUAUUGAAGUACUGGUUUUAUUUCAGUGUAUAAUUAUGGUUACAAAAUGCUUUUUGAUCCGUUUUUACAUCCGAUCUGUCUGUUUUGUGACGUUGUUAGAAGAGCGAACCCGUAACAGAACUUCCAACACCCACUGCCGUGCAGGAACGAGCCUGGGUUUACAUCAUGGUGUCGGUGACAGUUUCAAACUGGUCCGUGUCUUGAAAUGUUGUUUGCUCAGACGCUCGGCAGAUCACGUGUCUGUUGUCAUGGCGUCGAACCCGCUGUCGCAUUUCAAUAAAGGAGACAAUGAAUCAAA